CGGGGUGCACACCCUUUUAAGGCGGUUUUUAAAGGCGUCUGGCUCUUUAAGGGUGGUGAGCCCGCAAUGGCGGCAUUUAAAGGGGCUCUUUCUUUUUAAGCCGUUCGGCCCCUUUAAGAGCCGCUCUUAAAAGGGACUGAGUCUUUUGCAUAGUUUUUUACCGGUCGCGGUGGGGGCCCACGCGGCAUCGCGGCUUUAAAACCGCCGGGAUUCACCGAGACACUUCCGGAAGAGCGCAGGGCCUCUUCCGGAAAGCCGGGGGCAAAAUGGCGGCGGGGCCUGAGGGGGUCCCGGGGGUCUGCGAGGGCGGGGAGGGCUCAGAGACCCCCGGGACCCCCCCGGACCCCCUCACGGAGCGGCCCCGAGUGCGGCGGCACCGCGGGCGGUUCCUGGUGUGGGCCCCGAGCGCGGCGCGGGCGCUGCGGGAGCGGCACCGCGUGUGGGGGGCGCUGGUCGGGACCCCCCCGCGCCGGGGCCGCGCCGGAGCGGCGGGGCCGCGGCUGCCGCUGGAGCUGAGUCCGGAGGAGGCGCGGGCGCUCCGGGAGAGCGGCGCAGCCACCGUGGAGCCGGUUGACGAGGCCGAAGUGGAGCCCGAGGAGCCCCCGCCAGAGCCGGCCCGCCCCUCCCCCCCCUCCGAGCGGCGCUUCCGGGUCUUCCGCGAGCUCUGGGGGCGGGGCCUGCACGUGACCCCCGGCGGGAAAUUCGGGGGCGACUUCCUGGUGUACCCCGGCCCCCCGUCGCUGUUCCACGCAGGCGCAGUGGCGCUGUGUCCCUGCAGUUCCCGGGCGCAGCCGCUGGGGGCGCUGCUGGCGGCCGCGCGCUUGGGCACGAGCGUGCGCAAAUCGCUGCUGCUCUGCUCGGCCCCGCCCCCAGGGGGCGCCAUGGCCGUCACCGCGCUCACGUGGCGCGCCGACCUCACGUGACCCUGGCCACGCCCCCUCCCCUCCGAGUCACGUGGAAUUUCCCGCGCUUCACCGAACGCGCGAAAUUAAAAAGGUGAAAAAGUUUUUUUUUUUUAAUUUAUAAUAAAAACAAAAUGGGAUUUU